CGCAGCAUGGCUCCCAGGGGGGCAUAUGCAUGUACCCCCGCACAUUUGAUGGGGCCCACGUGUUGGGCACCCAGCGCCACGUGUGGGCAUGUGCGUGCAGAUGGUCCCACAGGUUGGGGGGCCGGGAAGCCGCAUGCGUGCAAGUGUACACAGUGGUGUUUGGGUUUGCACGCCCACGUAUGUGUGCGUGCACAUGAAUAGGGCUGGUGCGGCAGGGGCUGGCUAGGUAUGAGCGUGGGGUUGUGCAUCUACUGCAUGGCUGCUCUGGCACAGAGCAGCCACCACCCACAGCUGCCGCCUGCCCACACACCCUGCUCUGAUGUGGGGCAGCUGUAAUUACUGUGCCAAGGCUCCCUGCUGCAGCAGUGCCCACAGCACUGGGGCCUCCUGCAGCUACAAAAUCCCUGUGAGCUCAUUUGUGGUGCUAAUUAAUCCCACUCCCCCCAGGGACUUCCCUGCCUCCUGUCACACCAUAAGGCUAGAGGGGCUGGGAGAUGGCUGCAUCGAUGCCCCCCACCGCGCAAUCACAAAGUGCCACCAGCUUGUCCCUGGGUGCAAGCUGGGAGCUCCUCUUUGCUGCAGCAUCUUCCACAAUGCAACUCCAGCCAGGCAUGGAGCAGUGUUGGGACCCACGUUGGGUGAUGCUGUGCCCCAUGCUGCUGGAGAGGAAAUCUUCCUCCCUGGUCUCAGCCCACCCCAUCUUCAGCCCUUCUGCAGCCUGGGAUCAUGUCUACCUGCACUGAGACAGAGCCCAACCUGUUUGCUGUUGCUCUCCCCAUUUUACCCCAAGCCCAUCUUCCCUUGGCCCUGCACCCAAAGUCCCUUCUUGGCUUCUGUGCAUCCCAAGUCCAUGCACUGCUCCCCUUCCCUCCUGCACCCUCACAGCUCUCCCACAGCUCAGCCACAGCAGCACACACAUACACGAGCUUGUGAGCUAGACAGACCUGGGUUUGAAGAGAAAUUGAGGGAAGGUAGGAGAACCAGCACCAGCUCUGCCAUGCCCUAGCCCUGAGCAGAACUGCUGCGAGGACACAUCUCACCCUUGGCUUAUCAAAGAGGUUUUCUCAUGUGGGUGAAAGAAAGGGGCAGGGUCCCAGCUGGUCCCAGCCCUCUGGGGUCCACUGACCUGGUGUGGGAAGGGCCUGGAAGCAUUUCUUGUUAAGCUGGAGCCUGCAGAGUGGGGAUGGGUGAGGCAACAUGCCUUCAACACUUGACCCUCCAUAGCCAGGUCUCCACAUGGGUUUGGGUCCAUCUCUCCACAGCCAUCACUGCACCACUGCUCCCUGCGUGUGGCUGGCACACAGCCAUCAGGACACAUUUUUGAAGCCAGGGACUUGGCUCGAUGGUGCAGCAGCUGCAUGCAGCUCCCCCCCCUUGCAGAGCCACGGGGUUGCUGAUGUCAAAGCGGCAGACGGUGGAGAAGGUGCAGAAAGUCAGCUUGACCAUAUCAGCCUUCAAAGAUGGGCUGCAGGAGCAGCCGGCGGCGCGGCAGCAGACAGAGGCUGGGGGCACGUGCCGAGGGACACUGGAGCAGACGGUUCAAGAGGGAGAGGAGGAAGUGCCCACAGGGCCCUCGCAGCUGGAGGAGGGCAGUGCCAUCAAGGCUGCAUGGGAGCAGCUGUGGGAUGGCCAGGCUGUGGAGCCAAAGGAGUUUGACCGAGCCAACAGGUUCACACCACCCGCCUUCAUCCGGCCGCAGCAGGAGCUGCAUGAUGAUGAGCCACUGGACAUCAGCUUGGAGCAGCGGGAGCAGGAGAACAGCUGAGCAUGGAGCAGGGGUAGGAGGGAGGAGGCCAGGGCUGGAGACACGCAGGGGGUCUGCAAGCAUCCAUGGUGCCCACUGGGCAGUGACAGCCUCCUCGGUGUUGGCUGUGUGCCUCCAGAGGCUGGAGGCAGAAGCACUGCUCUGCGUGUUUGUCCAUGCAAGCCCUAUGGACCAGCCUGACCACCCACACCUACAACACUCACAGUCUAGCUAUCUGCAACCCCAUAGCUUAUCCAUGCACACCUGUCAUCCUACAGCCCAACCACACCUGCAACCCUACCCAACCAUCCACCCACAACUACAAGCACACAUCCCAGCCAACCUACAACCUUACAGCUUUUCUGUCCAUGCCUACAACCAGCUAACCCACAGAUCAAAACUUCCAUCCACUCACACCCACAGCCCUAUAGUCCAGCCAGCAGUGGAUGGACUAUGCAUGGACACAGUCCAUCCAUACAUAUGGCUCUACAGCCAUAUACUUUCUUCCUAUGGACCCAUACCCACUCCUCUAACCCUAUCUGGCCAGAAAGCCAGCCAUGACCCCACCACACACCUGUUGACUGUGCCACCACCUCAAAAACCUGCCCUCCCAUCCCCUUGACACCCCUACACCCAUCCCCACCUGUGAUGUGGUACCCCCAUGUUGGGGAGCACCCACACUGCCUCUCUGAGCAGGGUGCUGAGCCGCAGCCGAUCAUCGCUCCGCUGAUACUCAACGAUGAGAUGUGUGAGAUCUGUGAGGUGUGGACAGCCGAGAGCCUCUUCCCCUGCCGCAUCUGCAGCCAGGUGUACCACAAUGGCUGCCUGCACCACAUGGGCUACCUGCAGAAUGACAGUACCAUGGAGGUGAUGGAGACUGCACAC